AUGGAAACCUUGAUAGAGCUUUGCAAUGCUCUGAACGGCCUGAAGCCAGUGCUGUUAAUGGUGGUGGCUCAGGCAGCCUUCGCCGGAGUCAACAUUUUCUACAAACUCGCCGCUAACGAUGGCAUGAACACUAGUGUUGUUGUUGCCUAUCGCUUCCUCUUCGCCACCGCUUUCAUCACUCCUCUUGCUCUUUACUUGGAAAGAAACAGCAGGCCCAAGUUAACCUGGAUGGUAGUACUACAAGCAUCUCUGUGCGGCUUCUUUGGGGGAUCAAUGACACAAAACAUGCAAUUUGAAAGCAUAGCCUUGACAUCAGCGACAUUUACUGCUGCUAUAACUCAGCUGAUUCCAGCCAUAACCUUCGUUAUGGCCGUCUUUUUCAGGUUGGAGAGACUGGACUUAAGGAGCGGAGGAGGGAGGGCAAAGGUUUUGGGAACAUUGAUGGGAAUAGGAGGAGCAAUGCUUAUGACCUUUUAUAAAGGUGUGGAAAUCAAUAUUUGGUCCACUCAUGUUAACCUCUUGCACAAAAGUGAGCAACCAAGCCACUAUUUGGCAGCACCUACCAGUAAAUCAGAAUAUACAGAUCAUGUAUUGGGUUCUCUUCUCGCUAUCGGCAGCUCUUUCGGUUAUGCAUUCUUUUUUAUUUUUCAGGCGAAAAUGGUUGAGAAAUACCCUUGCUAUUAUUCAAGCACAGCUCUAAUGUCACUUAUGGGGUCGAUACAGUCGGUUGGUUUUGCACUUUGCAUGGAGAGGGAUUGGAAUCAAUGGAAAUUAGGUUGGAACAUUAGACUCUUGACGGUUGCAUACACGGGGAUUGUGGCUACUGGAAUAAGUUUGACAAUACUAGCAUUGUGUGUGCGCAUGAAAGGCCCAUUAUUCGUAGCUGUUUUCAACCCUCUUCUGCUUGUGAUAGUUGCCUUUGUUGGCUCUUUGCUCUUGGAUGAGAAGUUGCAUCUUGGAAGCGUGUUAGGAUCAAUAAUAAUCGUGGGUGGUUUAUAUGCCGUGUUGUGGGGUAAAAGCAAAGACAUAAAGAUGAUGACGCAAUCUGUGCCAACAAGCUUCGAGGAGGAAAAAUAUGCAGAAUCACUUGAAGUUGUUAUAAGGUCUCCAAAUGACAAAGCCAUCAACAAUAAGAAAGAGAGUGAAGCAAAUGUCAGUAAUGAUGAGCCAAAUACAUUGCCAACAUGA